AGGCCCAGCGAGGUCGCGUAACCGGCCCGGGGCGCGCAGCUCGAAAGCAGCACUGACACCCUGGAGUUGGAUUUUGCGUGUUCAGCCUGCCGGGGCAGUCUCGGGAGGAAUCGGCGGGUUUAGCUUGCUGAGGGAGCGAGGUGGAAGGAACUGAGAGGAAGACGAAGCCGGCACGACCGGAUGGGGUACCCCCAGGGUCGCAGGCCUCGGUGCCCGCGCGCCUGGCAUCUGGACAACCAGUUCCCUCGAAGACCUCCCUACCACCCGGCCUCCCCCGCAGUGACGUUACCUGGUGUCUCUCCAUUCUCCUUCCUCCGGGCCUCUCCUACUGUCCCUGACCAAAUCUGAUCUACUCCGGCCCAGCCCCCCACCCUUCCCCCAUCUCUGCACCCCACCCCUCCACUAUGAGCCCCUGCCUUCCCUGCCGGUGCUGUUGCUGUCUGCUCCUGUUUUUCUCCCUGGGAAUCCAGGGCAUCCCACAGGACCCCAACGCUGCUCCGGAGCAAGUCCACCUGUCCUACCCAGAUGAGCCGGGAUCCAUGACCGUCACCUGGACCACCUGGGUUCCGACCCCGUCCGAAGUGCAGUUCGGGCUGCGGUUCUCGGGGCCCCUGCCGCUCCGGGCCCAGGGCACCGCCAGCCCCUUUGUGGACGGCGGCUUCCUCCGGCGGAGGCUCUACAUACACCGCGUCACGCUGCGGGGGCUGCUGCCGGGCGCCCAGUACGUUUACCGCUGCGGCAGUCCUCGGGGCUGGAGCCGGCGGUUCCGCUUCAGGGCCCUAAAGAAAGGACCCCACUGGAGCCCCCGUCUGGCUGUGUUUGGGGACCUGGGGGCUGACAACCCGAGGGCCCUACCCAGGCUGCGCAGGGACACUCAGCAGGGCAUGUACGAUGCUGUUCUCCAUGUGGGAGACUUUGCCUACAACAUGGACCAGGACAACGCUCGAGUCGGUGAUGAGUUCAUGCGGCUCAUCGAGCCCGUGGCUGCCAGCCUGCCGUACAUGACCUGCCCUGGGAAUCACGAGGAACGCUACAACUUCUCUAACUACAAAGCUCGCUUUAGCAUGCCGGGGAACACUGAGGGCCUGUGGUACAGCUGGGACGUGGGCCCUGCGCACAUCAUCUCCUUCUCCACGGAGGUAUAUUUCUACCUCCACUACGGCCGCCACCUGGUAGAGAGACAGUUUCACUGGCUGGAGAGAGACCUCCAGAAAGCCAAUAAGAACCGGGCCGCCCGGCCGUGGAUCAUCACCAUGGGUCACCGGCCCAUGUACUGUUCCAAUGCUGAUGUGGACGACUGCACUUGGCAUGAAAGCAAGGUUCGAAAAGGCCUCUUCGGCAAGUUAUUUGGGUUAGAGGACCUUUUCUACAAACAUGGGGUCGACCUGCAGCUGUGGGCUCAUGAGCACUCGUACGAACGGCUGUGGCCAAUUUACAACUACAAGGUAUUUAAUGGCAGUCAAGAGAUGCCCUACACCAACCCUCGAGGCCCUGUCCACAUCAUCACAGGAUCUGCCGGCUGCGAGGAGCGGCUGACUAGCUUCACCCUCUUCCCACGGCCCUGGAGCGCCGUGCGGGUGAAAGAGUAUGGGUACACGCGGCUACACAUCCUCAAUGGGACCCACGUCCACAUCCAGCAGGUGUCUGAUGACCAGGAUGGGAAGAUUGUGGAUGAUGUAUGGGUGGUGAGACCUCUGCUCCACCGGAUGAUGUACCUCUAGGGAGGGAGCAGCUCUCAUCAGGAACCACCGGCCUUGCUGCCUUGGCUGGUGCAACAGGACGCUACCCAGGCCCGGCUGGGAGUCAGGGCUGGCAGGCUGGGGAGUCAGGGCGGGCCUGGACUCCUCUGCCUUCCUGAGGCCCCUCGUGGGUGAAUACAGCGUGAGGGGGCCGGGCAGCUCUCCCCCUCCUGGAGAGGCGAGGGUCCCGGCAGCUGUGCUGGAGGGCAGGUGUGGACACACACACAGACAGACUCAGGUGGGUGGCACGGCCUUGCCCUGCUGCAUAGCACUGACUGGGCGAGGUGCCACAGGCCUGGGGAAUAAAGAGGCUUGUGGCCGUGGCUCCGUGGACUCUGCACUUCUGCUGGGGGCGCCCCCUGGGCUGCCCCUCUUCUGUCUGUGGGGGCAAGAAGCGUCACCAGCCUCAACUUGCAAGGUGGACACGGCCAUCCUGGCACCCCUCUUCGGCAGGUGGCGACAGUGACUUUCUUCCCUUCAGCCGCCCCUCAGUGCGCCAAUGGCCAGAAAGUGCUAAGAAACGUCCCUUUGUGCCACCGUUUCCCAGCCUGGCACUGACUUACCCCGGAAGCGGAGAAGUGUUAACACUGCCUCCAAGCUGGGGCGGCUAGCAAACCUGGGUGUUCACAGACCCGAUGUUUUUCUCCCUUCUUCCACCCCCCCACCCUGUUUCCCUUCUUCCUUGCACUAUUCAACAGCUAUUUAUUGAGCGCCCAUCAUGCACCAGGCCCUGCUCUCAGUACCGGGAGACAGCCACGAACAGGCAGAGAGCUCUGCCCUAGUAGAGCUGGCAUUCUACCCAGGGGACAGACAGUGAACCCAAUAAAUAAAUAAACUACACAACAGUGUCGCUAUUUAGUGUUGAGUGCUCAGAAAAUGUAGGAAAGGGGAUGGAGAGCAGGGGAGGAGUCUGAGGGAGAAGCCAGGUGAGGAACCCAGCUGGCAGUGCUCCGGGCAGAGGAAAAGCCAGUGCAAAGGCCCUGAGACAGAAACGUGCCUGCCCUGUCAGGGCAUCAGUGGGGAGGCCGGUGUGUCUAGAGCGGAGAGAAUAAGGGGAAGAUGGAGGCAGCAGGGUGAUGGUGCAGAUUGUCUGGGGUCUUGUGGGCCAUCGGGAGGACUUCGUCCUUUUUCCUGAGUGAGAUGGAGCCACAGGAGGGCUCUGAGCUGGUUGGCAAACAUGGUGUGACUCCCGUAGUUCUAGGCAAAGGCUGAGGCCUUCCUGGAGGGAAGCCCUGGAGUCCCAACUCUGGCAGCCGACCUCGGUCUGUUCUUCCCCCUCAC